AUGGCUGAGUAUGAAACAUGUAUCAUGGGUCUAAGGAUGGCUAUUUAUAAGGAAAUCCAAGAGUUAUUGGUAAUCGAAGAUUCAAAUUUAUUGAUUCAUCAGGUUCAGGGGGAAUGGGCCGUGAAGAAUUCAAAGAUUGCACCUUACAUUGACCCUGUGGAGAUAUAUUUGAAAGAACAACUCGCUCACUGUUCUCAUGUAAAAGUAGAACCAGAUGGGAGACCUUGGUAUUUUGACAUAAAAAAGUAUCUAGAAACCGAAACUUAUUCAGAUAAUGUUACUUUCAAUCAGAAGAAAGAAAUACGUCGAAUGCCUAACGAUUUCUUUCCAAGUGGAGAAACCCUUUAUAGGAGAACUCCAGAUAUGGGACUUCUCAGAUGUGCCGAUGCCAGUGAAGCUACGAAGCUUCUCUAA